AUGGGGGUCACAGCUCUCAUAGCAACUAUCCUUGAAGAAAACAAGAUUGCAGUAGCAUUCCUUGCUCUACUCGCGUAUCCUAUAUCAAAUGCUAUCUACAAUAUCUAUUUCCACCCUCUCGCGAAAUUCCCAGGUCCUAAACUUUGGACCGCUUCGCGACUCCCCUUCAUAUACUACCUUCUCACAGGACAGCUCGUGAAGAAAGUAAAAGAAUUCCACGACAUCUAUGGAGAAUUCUACCGUCUCGCACCAGAUGAAGUAUCAUUUGCCAGCGAGCAAGCUUGGAACGAUAUAUACACUUUUCGUCGCGGACACAAGCGUGCUUUGAGAGACAAGGUUUGGUAUAUUGCACCAAACAAUCAAGCCGAUAACCUCAUUACAAAGACCGACUUCAAGUUCCACGCUCGUGUCCGAGGACUGAUGAGUAAUUCUUUCACCGAUGAAGCGCUCCGCACACAGCAUCCAUUAAUCGAAUCUCAUGCUGACAUGCUGAUUUCCAAGAUCAGAGAAGCUGCCGAGAAGCCCGAGAACUCGACUAGAGGUGCUCGGAUCAAUAUUACAGACUGGUUGAACUUUUUCACCAUGGACAUCAUCGGAGAUUUGGCUUUUGGAGCACCGUUUGGCUGCCUCGAGAAAGGAGAAUAUCAUCAUUGGGUCCGUACGCUGUUCAGCUAUCUCAAGGGGAUGUCCAUCGCUGCAGCUCCUCGGUUCUACCCUACGAUGGAAUUUCUGUUUCAGAAAUUAAUUCCGAAAAGAAUCGUGGAGGAACAGAGGCAGCAUAGUGCGUAUGCGGAAAAGAUGAUUAAUCGUCGCUUAGAUACAAAAGGUGAUCGUCCGGAUUUCAUGACUCCUUUCAUGAGAAACAAUGUCAACUUUGAAAAUAUGUCCCGCGAGGAGAUCGUAUCCACGUUUAAUUUCAUCAUCGUGGGUGGUUCUGAAACUUCGGCAACAGUGAUGACUGGUAUAUUUAACCACCUCACCAGAAAGAAGAACAAGGGAAUCCUUGACCGACUUUGUAACGACAUUAGAACAAAGUUCAGGGAGGAGAAGGAAAUCACUUUGGAUGCGAUCCAAAGCACUUCUAUCCCUUAUCUGGAAGCUGUAAUUAACGAGGGCUUGAGAAUAUGCAAUCCAAUUCCUAGUGGACUGCCGCGUGUAGUCCCUGAAGGCGGGGACGAAUAUUGUGGUAUAUUCCUCCCGGGAGAUCCAGACGAAUUUGUCCCUGAACGCUGGCUACCGAAAGACCAACAACCGAAAAAAUUUGCAAAUGAUCAGCUCUCGGCUAGCAAACCUUUUAGUGUGGGAUUCCAUAGCUGUCUGGGAAGACCGCUUGCAUGGGCAGAGAUCCGUCUUGCAGUCACUAGACUCUUGUGGACAUUUGAUUUUUCAGUUGAUGCGGAGGACGAAGUAGAUUUUGAUGAGUUUCCGGUGAUAAUGAUCAUUCAAAAAGCCCCUAUGAACUUGAGAGCCAAGAUCAGGCCUGGAAUCUAG